AUGGCAGCUUCAUUCAUAAGCUCGGCACUCCUUAAGACCGCUAAAAGACUGCGCUGCAAUACGCAUCCGAGUCUGCAACGAGUCACCGCGGCCAUGUCGGCUCCCUAUCGUCAUCCUCACUACGGCGCCAGUUCGAGCCGCAAUCGUCCGUGGGCGCGCAAUGGCGAGCAGGGCGCUGCUUACAGCCACGCAUACGACACCUACUAUCAUCACCAGCCACAACAAUACGCGCGUACAGCCGAGUAUCGCGACCCAUACGCCUACGAAUCGGAUCACUACGCUGCCUAUCCACCAUCACUUUGUGACGCUCCCGCCGCGUAUGCCCAUGCGAGGUACGACGAUGCGCAGGCAAAUUCGUGGGCGAGACAUGAUGACUACGCCUAUGGUCAUCAAGCUCAAGCUUUUGAAGGUCCGUGGAGGCAAGGUGGAUAUGACGCACAGGGCUACCUUCGUCAGCCGUAUGAAGCGGCUUCUGCUCCUCGAUACAAUUACGCAGCGCAUGCCAGAUUGCAACCACAUUCGGCAGUGCAAUCUUCACAACUAGGGUCUGAUAAUGCAGUAGCUGCGGGAACCAAAAGCGUUCAGGGUGCACCAGCUGCUCCCAAGAAGAUGCGCGAGGCGGCUGUCGCUUCUACUGUUGCACCCGCACAAAGUUGGUCAGGAGCAAGAGCUUAUCAGCAGCCACCCGCACACGUAUAUAACUACAACGCCUUCCCGCAACAACAACAGCAGCAGCAGCGGGACUACCACUCGUAUUCAGAGAGCGGUGCGUUUUCUUCCCGGUACCAACCUUAUAGUCGCAAUUCUCCCUCAAGCUCUGUCCCAGGCACACCCAGCCAGAUGUAUCGACCACCACCGCCAACACAGAUGCCUCAGCGUCGUCCAGCUGCCAUCCGUGCGGCUCCGCGACCCAAGUAUCUCGAACAGGCCAAGCAGGCGUCGCGCGAGCUGAGCGAGGACGAGGUGCUCGAGAGGAAGCUGCUUGUCGUGCUCGAUCUCAACGGCACGCUUGUUUUCAGAGCGAAAAGCGGCAACGGCAGGGCGAUCGAUUCGGCGCGUGCUGUACCCAGACCGUUUCUAUCCUGCUUCUUGCAGUACUGUUUGGGCAUCUCGACCGGCGACGCUGCCGUGGAGGAAGGCAAGCAGGUGGAUGUCGCCACGAAACCGCAUGGCUCGCACUUUUGGAAGACAGAUACGCACGCCGAAACACCACACGCGUACGAGCCGCGUUCGGCAGGCAAAGCAGAAGUCAUCGUAUGGUCGUCCGCGCAGCCGUCCAACGUGGACAGCAUGGUGCGUGCGUCGUUCGACCAGUCGGUGCGCUCCCUGAUCCUGCGCGUAUGGGCGCGCGACACUCUGGUCCCACAACGCUUCUUCCAACACAAAGCCGAGAGCAUCAAGGACCUCGAGAUCGUCUGGGCCGAACUCAACGCCUUUGCACACGACCGAUCCUCUUCCGGUCGACUGCUGGCCCAGGCGAGAGACGAAGCCGACCAAGCACGUCCGGACGACGUGGCUCCUGCCAGCGCCCCCACCGCGCCUGCGGCGGACAAAAGGUACAAUGGAAAGAAGCAUAAGCAUAACAUGAAGCUGCAUAAGCAACGGCAAAAGGCCAAGGAGCAGCCCAUGUCGGCGGCGCUCGAAGCGGCGUUGCGCGCGGAAGAGUUGGGGCCUUGGGGUGCCCAUAAUACCGUGUUGGUGGACGACAGUGUGGCAAAAGCGAGGUUGCAGCCGUACAACCAUCUGCUGAUACCCGAGUUUGGCAAGGAGGAUGCGGCGAGGAUGAGGAAAUUCAUUCGUCAAGAGCUGGCCAGCAGCAGCAGCGAUGGUGAUGCGUCAGGAGAGGAGAAAGAGUUGGAGUACGAUUCGGAUUUGUCCAUCCGCGACGAACCUACCGUCACGACCACCGCAGCCGCCUCUACGACCGCGCACGACGCCGACACAGCAAUGGUGACCGACGAGCCUCAACCGGACAGGGUCGAAACAACUCGUACCACGGAGGCUGUUGCAGAUGAAUCGGCCAAAGAGCACAAAAAGAAACCCAUCCCCGAUACCCGCCUGGACGACGUCCUGCUGCAAACCAUCGGCGUGCUCGAAACGCUGCGCCACCAGUCCAACGUCAGCGCCUACAUCUACCACGGCGGCAUCAAAGGCUACGGUCAGCCCAAGACAUCUCUCAACCAGUCUCAGCGGACGGACCAAGUGGCAGCUGGCUUGACACCAGAGUUCUGGGCAGAAGAGGGCAGGAAGGUGUGCGCGAAACUGGGAAUCAAGGUGAAAGCGUGGGUGCCGGGCGGUGCUGCUUCUGCUACUGCUGCGCUGUUGUAG